AUGGCAUCACCCAAACCCCCCCAAGACCUCAUCCCCAACCCAUUCAUCAAAAAGCGCAACCUCCAAUGGACACUCACAUCCCCUAAACCACCCUCACCCUCUCCCUCGUCCUCACCACCAACAACCUCCGCCAUCGAAUCCGGCAAAGCAAACAUCACCGACCCCCUCACCCACUUCACAACCCACCUCACCCAGCACACUCUCCCCUCCCCAACCGCCCUCCUCCCCAUCCACGCCUACAACACCCUCUACUCCUCCUCCCUCACCUGCCAAUCCUCCCACUUCGUCAUCCACCAGCACGACCACCCCAUCGCUGGCCUGCACUACGACCUCCGUCUCCAAAUCAACCCCUCCAGCAGCGCAUCCUGGGCCAUCAUGUACGGACCCCCCGGCGACCCAAACAGCGUCCGCCUCAACCGCAACGCCACCGAAACCCGCGUCCACUCCCUCUGGAACCAUCUCAUCGAGACUGCCUCCUCGCAGACCGGCUCCCUCCUCAUCUGGGACACGGGCACGUACACCGUUCUCCCGCGACGCAGCAAACACGCUCCGCUGGAGGAUCCCGCCUCUCAGAAAAGCUCGGCAGACGACCGCACGCAGCAGCAGUUACUGCAGGAGGCGUUUCGCAACCGCAAGAUACGGAUUCAUCUCCAUGGGGCGAGGUUGCCGGAAAACUAUGUGCUGAAUAUACGUCUCACAAAAACGGAGGAUGCGGAGGGGAGGGCCAAGAGCAGCAGGCGUCCACGGAAGAGGAGAAGAGUGAGAACUGAUCCCCAGACCUCUGAGGGAGAUACAUCUGAUGAGGAUAUUGUUCCCAGGGGCAAGGAGAUGGGAAAGGAUGCGUCGGCCAUGGAAGCGGAACUACAGGAGCUGGAGGACGAAGAGAUUCGACGCACGAAUGCCUACCCUGGUGCUUCCAACACCAUUGACAGCAUCCACCAGCGGAAAUGGUAUCUCUCCCUGGACAGGGAGGCUUGCGGGUUCGAGGAGCGGAAAGAAGGCGGCAGGACCGUCUGGCGCAUGCCGUCUGCGACAGAUGAAGAGCAUGAAGAGGGAGAUGCGAUGCAGAGGCUGAGUUUCCCCUUUUACGUGCGAGGCGUGGAACACGAACGGAGUGUUGUGACGGCCCGUAGAGCUGAGGAUAUCAUGCGGGAUGAGGGUGUUGGGAAGUUUGUACGGAGGAAGGGGUGGCUACCAGUGUUGAAUUGA